CUAGUCGCGGUUGGAGACUCAAGAUAGGCUUGACCAAUCAAGAAAAGGUUUAGGUUAAAAAGUGAAACAUAGAUAUUUGAUUUAUUUUCUAAUUUUCUAUCGCAACAUCAGACUGAUGACGUGCCUAGCUUCGGCUGUGAGCGAGCGACACGUUUACGUUGCGUAGCAUGACACGAGCGUACACGAGCGUGCAUGUCGAACUUGUUCCCUACCUCGAGCCAUUGCGCAUGCGCUCGGGCAGUUUUCCCCUCCACACGAUGGCCGCCGAGCGGCGACCAGCUGCGCGACUCACUUCAGAAGCUUCCGAACGGUGCAGCGUGACGGACGUGCAUUCUUAGCAUCGUGCUACGAUUCGAGUGGUAUCGUUUGCCGCGGUUUCUCGUUGAGAGCGAUCUUUCGUCAUCGUCGCCCCGUCGUGUAGUAUCUCAUGCAUCGUUCAAGCACGCGGUUGUGCGCGCAGUGUCUCGAGAUGUAUCAUCAGGUAUUCAUGUAGUAUCGACUGUCGCCUUACGCACGUUUGCACACCAUCUUCGCCGGAAGAGCAUCAUCGAGGAUAGGCACGGAGACAUCGCGGAGAGCUUGCGGAGCAGCGAGAGCAGAACAACGAGCAAGAGUACGAUUCGGCCGAACCGGGAGUGGACGACGAAGCACGCAACGAUGGAUCAGAAACGCGUGUACCGACUCGUGCUGACUGGAGGACCAUGCGGUGGCAAAACUACCAGCCAGGCCAGGUUAUGCACCUUCUUUGAGAACAUGGGCUGGAAGGUGUUCCGCGUCCCCGAGACUGCCACUGUGUUAUUGAGCGGCGGCAUCAAGUUCUCGGACCUGAACGCCGAGGAAGCAUUCAAAUUUCAGGAGAACCUCCUGCGCACGAUGUUGCAAAUAGAAAACACUUUUUUCCAACUCGGUGAGAGCUGCUCGAGGAAUUGCUUGAUUAUCUGCGAUCGCGGCGCAAUGGACGCCUCUGCUUUUAUCUCGAAGGACAAAUGGGAACUCAUGAUGGCCUCCAACGGAUGGAACAACGUCGAGCUUAGGGACAACAGGUACAACCAGAUUAUCCACAUGGUGUCGGCAGCGAACGGCGCCGAGGAGUUCUACUCCACCGAAGAGCACGUAUGUCGCUCGGAAGGCGUGGAGCUCGCCCGCGAACUCGACUACAAAGCCGCGGCUGCCUGGGUAGGUCAUCCGUACUUCGAUGUGAUCGACAACUCACAGGACUUCGAAUCCAAGAUCUGUCGGAUGAUCGAGUGUGUGUGCCAGAAGCUGGGCAUCGACACGGGUGACCGGCUGCGCGCCAGCAGUCGCAAGGUUAAGUUCCUCAUCAAGGCGCCGUUGCCGGCGGACGAUAAGUUCCCGCCCUUCCAGGACUUCGACGUCGUGCACAACUACCUCCAGAGCAACAAUCCCAAGAUGCAGGCGCGUCUGCGUAAGCGUGGCCAGAAAGGUCACUGGUCAUACAUCCACACGAUUCGUCGACCGAAGAUAUGCGGCCAAGUAAUCGAGGUGAAAACUCAACUGACACACCGAGACUAUCUGAACAUGCUGUCUCAGCGCGAUGACUCACACUUCACCAUUUUCAAACGUCGCCGCUGCUUCCUCAUCAACAAUCAGUAUUUCCAAUUGGACAUUUACAGGGAACCGGCGCAUCCUAGGUGUCGAGGCUUGAUGUUGCUGGAGACUUACACGGCGCUGACAAGCAAGGAACUGAAGAACAUCUUGCCGCACUUCCUGACGAUCGAGAAAGAAGUCACCGGCAAUCCCGAUUACAGCAUGUUCAAUCUUAGCUUGCGUGAAGAAUGGGAUAAUACCAACAAAUACUGCCAUACCUUAAACGGCACGAUGCUGUACGAAUCGCUACCGUCGGAGAUCUUUAUUUCGCCGUCGCAGAUAAUUGUGAGUGAAAAGCCUAGCAAACCAAACGGUUUCGAAGUAUACGGGAAAGCCGAAGCUAACAUCUCCGGCGUGAUCAGCAAGAAGAUCAACGGAGUUAACGGAGUUAACGGAGUCAACGGAGUCAACGGUAUCAAGAGUAUCAACGGUAUGCAGAAUGGUCUACCGAACGGUAAAGCGACACAUGCCGAGCGUUACAAUGUGAGCGGCAACUCGACUACGUUACUGGACGACAGUCUACGGAAAUUGAACAUCGACGAUUCGCAAAAAGACGGAUUCGAAGACAUAAUGCAUUAACUGGCGCGACAGGCGCGCGAAAAUUUUAGAUUAGGCAAUAAAAAGUGAAGGGGAAAGAGAGAGAGAGAAAGAGAAAUCUAGCGAGCCGCUCGAAUAAUCACGAACGCGUGGACGGUCCUACCUUCAGUCUUUAUCAGCACCGACAAGUUAUCUGAAUUUUAAUCCUGGUUAGUAGUUGCAUUUGCAAAGACGAAAUAUAGACGGACACUUCUCGAAGUAUACUUCGAUGUCGCUUUGUGUGUGAAUAAGAUUUCUUUUAUUUCUGAUAAAAAAGAAAACGUUGAAGCUAAUAAGAGCAAUGCGAGACCAGAUUUCCGUAACGCAGAAUGGAAAGAUUAUUGGAAUUAACGCGCAUUUCAUUUUGAUGGCUUUGGAAGGAAGUGAUGAAUGCGGUUACAGCUCAACGCAGUGAAUACCAUGAAUGAAAAUAGUAUUCACAUGUAGAACUAUGCGAAUACUUUCUUCUACGUUUCCUGUGUGUCGCGGAGCAACCAACUUGGGUAUCUCAUGGAUAUUAAACCAGGAUUAAAGUAGCAACCGAUAGACCUGAAAUCUCACAUAGAUAACAUCUAUUUUUUAAGCGAGCUUGCGUGUCGUACUUAAGAGAUCUCUUCGGCGUGUCUCUUGGAGGCACCAUGGCCGGUCUCUUCGAGGUCUCCGUCGAACCUGAAACCAUCGAAGCAUUCAGUGCACCCCGCGAAUCUUCGCAAAAUAUGAUAAAACUCUCACUUGUUCCACAAGUUUGAACACGAUCGAUCGCUCACGUAAUUUGAUUCUUCAGUAUAUCUCUCACAUUGACAUUUUUGUUCAAAUUUCGAAAAAUCUCCCGAUAAAUUUCAAAUCUAACAAAAAAGAGAAUGUGAAACGAGCGACAUCUAAUUGAUUUCGUCGAGGUUCGCUGGGCUUUGAUGCAGCGUUCGAGGCUGGUCUGCGAAGCGCGCGGUAGUCAAGAACCGUGUGUAGUUGAACUAUAGUCUAAGUCAUUUUACAAUGCAAAAUCACUGAUAAUACACAAGAAUACUUUUAUUGUUCAUUCGAAAGGAAUCGUGUAAACGUGAAACGAGAGUUGAACAUUGAAAAGAAUAUUCGUAAUUUCGUAACGGACACUUUAGGUAAAAUUCUGUCAGUUUUGAACUUCUCUUUGUCGAUCCCUUAGAGUUUCUAUGCAUAACUUUUCAACAUCUUGUACCUCACUCGCACCGUGUAAUCACGAUCAUUUGCUAUCGAUGAUCGUCAUUUCAUCGAACAAAUCAUUUGGAAAUGAUAUCGCCUGUCUGAAUAUUUCUCGGCAAUCUUUUUUUCGCUGUUUGUACUUUAUUUUAAUAUGCAAAUUUUAGUAUGUAAUCCAACUUGAUCCAGCUGAAUUAUUGUCAAGCUAGUGUGCAAAACUAUUCAGAUACACAAUUAAAAACCACACUUUGAUGUUGCGAUGAUUUGUUUUUAUAAUUUCACAUACGUUAGGCUCUACCACAUGUUGGGCUCUCAGUCAUUUCUAUGUUUUUCGAUUAUGUAUUUAAGAAUAUUCACAGCCUGUAUUAGUAUAUUCCUUCGAUGUACUUAAUGUUACGCGAAAAAAGGGACGUCGAGAGAUUUAAAGAUAUAUUUCGACGAUCACAAUAUGUCAUAUUACAUACAUAAAUUGCGUACGGUAAUUGGAUGUCGAAACUGAAGUUUUAAAAUGAGUUAUCAGAUUUUAACUCUUAAUGUAUUAUUAUUCCUAGAUAUAAUUUAUAUAAAGUAUAAGUAUUAAUUAUAAUUAAUAUUAAGCUUCAAAAAAUUCUGAAAAUCCUACAUUUAUUUCUCGAUUUAUUUCUCAUGUGUGUUGUCGGAUAUACACUGAUAUAUCUUUAUUCUAAUCAUUUCUUCUUUCAUUAAUUUUUACUGCUAAAUCAUUCAAAUCGCAAAUUGUAAGAAAGUUUUCUAUUCAAACGAAAAAUUGAGACUGAUAUAAUUUGAAAGGGAAUAAUUUCAGGAAUGUUGUACAACGAUAUUCACAAGUAGCGAAAGUAUAUUUUUGAAGAGAAUUUUUGUCUUUUUUUUUAAAUAAAAAUAUUUUUCAGAUAUUCUCUAAUGAUCUAUUUUAGGAUAAUUCAUUUUCAAUAUUAUUAUUGGAUACUUUCUUACAUAUUUGAUAUAUUUAUUUUAUAGGGUUUUUUUUUUUUGAGGUAAGGAAUUCUUUUUUUUCCUUCAUUCUAAAUCUUAUAUUGAUGUUUUAAAAAGUAUUUUAUGAACUAUAUCGAGUCACGCCAAGUGAUUUUCCUCUUGCUUUCAAGGACAUGAUCAAAGUGCAAAUGAUUUGAACUGUUUUUCAUGUUUUUAAGUAUCAAGUUCUCUGUAUAUCAUAUCCAGCACGAUUCUCCGUGAUUCGUGCGAAUUUCGUUUUUAGUAUACAAUCAAGUUCCUAAUUUCGAAUAGUUAAAAACUGAUAACUCAGUUCGAGGAAAAAGACAUGCGCGAACGACAGCGUAGAACGAUCCGAUGAUUAUUAUAAUUAGGGCGAACAUUUAAUGAUCGAGCGUAUCAGUACUUAAUAAUAGGUGCUUGUCCUGUGUUAGUAGGUGUAAUUAAGUUAAUUGUACAUAAUACGGCGCGAUUCUUUUCGUCGAAUCUACUUUCUGUGAUUGAUUGUAAUACGCGUUAUUGAUAUGUAUAAUCGCGAGAGAAGAUCUCACAGAAACAAACUCGAACGAACGGUAUACCAACGCUGCUACGAGAGAUUUAAUGAAAUUCUUUCGAAAAGAGGACAGCCUCUUUUUCCGCUAGCAUUAAUCUUAAGAGUCUAUUUUUCGGUGGGCUAUUUUAGAGCGCUUAAUUUUUCGUUGCUAUAUUACUGACGUCGCUCUUGAAAAUUUAUUUCAAGAGAAAGAGAGAGAGAGGGAAGAGACGUUUCUCUUCCUCUUCCACAUAUUAUUAGAAUGCUUUCAAUGCAGAGUGAGAUGUUUCUAUAUUUAAAUUUAAUACUGAUAUAAAAUGCUGAAAUUUGUUUGGUUUUCCGCAUCGCCAUCCUAAGUUUGGCUUAUACCGUGGUCUCUCGUUCGCUCGAGUUUACUUUUGUAGUUGAAGAUCUACGAGGCGACAAUUGCCGAAAGAAUGACUGCGAGAUAGAAAAAAAGAGGCUGAAAGGGGAAGAGGGGGAAGAGGGGAAAUAUGAUGAUAACGAGAGAAACGAUGAUCGCGAUAUCCUCCUGCGUAUUUUUUGUCCGUGAACGUAAAUGAAUUUUUGCGACGACGCACCAUGUGUCGCUGCCCCACGCAUUUUCUACGCGCCGAACAAAACUGAUCAAGCAAAUUUCGCCACAGUUUAGAGACGAAGUGCCUGUGAAACGUUCAUUCGCGGAAACAGAAAAAAGAAAUAUAUAUGUAUAUACAUAUGAAAAAAAAAAUAUAUAUAUAUAUAUGUAUGUAUAAACGCGAAAGUCUAUAUUUUCAAUCGAGAGAAUGCAAUAGUGAGUCGACGCGCGCGCACUCGCGGUUCACACGUAUGAUGGAUCUGAAAGGCAAACAAACCUUGUACACACCCACAGACAUAAGUGUCUGAAAUAAAAGGAGAAAGAGGAAUAUCGCGUA